AAGAGUCUGUUUGCCUCUUGCGCAUUCUUCUGCUCAUCGCUUUUGCAGCAACGUAAUUGAUCGGGUUGCAAACUUUUGAUAUUCUCCACUUGAGUUUAUCUCACUCGUCUUUAUUGCCUAAUGAAAACACGAUAAUGUACCGGCCCGGUCAACAUCCGCGCGGUCCGCCAUCUUUCAGUGUUCGGCCAUCUCAUGGUCCUCUGUUUAACGUCGCUGGAGCUCCUUGUCUGCCUCCAUCUGGACAUUUGCCUCCCCGACGGUCCGGGCCUUUUUCGUCUUCGGGGUCGCCGGAAAACCACUUUCUAUCCAGACAUCCAAGACCCAAUUUUAUGAAUUCCCACUGUAGCUCGUUCUCCAUAGACCGUAGUAGAGUGAUUACUCCGGGAGGCAACCAGCAGCUUGCCUCUCCGGCACCACCAUCGCACCUUCCGGUCUCCAAAUGGAAUCCCACACCUGUCAAGCAUCAUACACGAGAGAACAGUGACAGUGCUGGAGAAGAGUUCCUGAGAUGUAUAGCUGCAAACAAACCUUUCCCAGACUAUCUCAGAGGGAACAUGGCAUUAAACCUGGCUGAUGCAUUAAAAUCAGCCAAGAUCCUGAAGGAGGCUGUCAAAUCAGACCAUGUUUUCCAGAAGCAUUUGACCAGGAGCAAAAGCCAGAGCAGGAGUCCUGGCCGUGGAAGAUCUCGAGGCAAAAGCCGCGUGCGAAGCCGAAGCAAAGGAAGAGGAAAAAGUCAAGUUCGUGGAAAAAGUCGUGCAAGAAGCAAAAGCAGGGCUCGCAGUCGAAGCAAAAGCAGGGCUCGCAGUCGAAGCAAAAGAAGGAAAAGUCGUGCGCAGAGCAAAAGCAGGCAAAGGCGGUCAUCGUCACGAAGUAGCAGCCCCAGCCACAUGGACGACUACAACAAUGCUAGUUGUAGUACUGAUCUCAGGGGCAGUAGUUUGUUAGAGGGACUUAAGAUGGUCAUGAGAAAAAAGGAAAUGGAAGACCAGCUGCCUUCUCUAAAAGAUGCAAUCCUAACUAUUGAGGCCUCAAAUAAAAGCAACAAACUGCAGUGUCUCUACAACAAGCAGCAACAUGACACACUGGCGACUUCAACAUCACUGGAAAAUGACAGCAUGCUCCUGCCUCAUGACAGAGUUGGCAGCGACUUCUCUUGGCUUCAGCCCCAAAGUCAGACAGCUCGAAAAGCUGAUCAGUUUGACGAUGAAGAGUUGUUCUUGUACGGGGAUGAAAAGGCCAUAAAGGAAAAACUGGACUACGGAACAUCUACAACAUCCGUGACUGGAGAGUUGGUCCAACCAAAGUGUGACGAAAUAAUGACCUGUGAGAUGGGCAGUCUAGAGCCUAACCGUGAUAAGUCAAAUUUCCGUAUUUUGGAUGGCCUCUCAUCUUCAAGCCAAGUCUUUGAAAAUCUGGACAACAAUGAGUGUGAGAAGAUCAAAAACAUAUUGAACAGUUUGGGGAAAAAAGACAGUAGUGAGAUGGAGAAACAGGUAUCUUCUGAGCCACUUAGUUGUUUGACAACAGCUUCCUUGGGAUUGAUAUCAUCUCACAGCCCUAAUGUGCAGCAAGCUCUGGAGUCCCUACGGUCACUCAUCAAAGCAACCAAGGAGAAGCGGGAAACAGGUGAUCCAGUCGGGACAUCUCUAUCAUCGUAUAAUAAACACAAGCUGGGUGAUGACAGUGAAAGGAACAAUGCCAAACAAACAAAAAUAACAAAAACUGAAAUGUUGAUGAAAGAAGUGGGGGAAUUGCUCAAAGAGGAUGGAUUCAGUUUUCUCAUACCAGUGAUCGGGUUUUACUGCCAGAUAUGUGAGGAGUUCAUUGGAGAUUUAAGAACUGCUGAAACCCAUGCUGCCAACCACUGCCAUAAUAAGAUUGGCUGUAAAACUUUGGUGAAUAAACAUACAGAAGAAACUAAAGGACACACGAGAUAUAGCAGCAGCAGUAGCAGCAGCAAACACCAUCCCACAUUGUCAGACCGACUAGACCACAAGGGCCACAGUUACACAGACAGAGGCGACGACAAACACGAAAAUCAUUACAAUAGGAGGCAUGACGGGGAUCACAGAAUCAAACAGGAGGAGGAUGAUCGUGGUCACAGGCCUGGGCAGGAAAGUAAUUUGUUCGAGAUGAAGAAGGAGAAGAUGCUCAUCACUGUUUCGGGUUGUCUUGCAUCUACAAAUGUUAAGGAGGAGUUGAACAAGGAUCAUGGCAUUGAAAGUCAUGCCAAAGUGAAGGAGGAAGCAGCAUACAAUGGAAAGUCUAAGGAUGUUAGCAAAGAAGAUGCAAAGGGGAAAAAUGAAAGUAGCCACGACAGCAACAAUGACCGUAAAAAGGGAUCAAAAGUAAAGUCACACAAAAAGAAAAAGAAAAAGGAGAAUAAAAGGGACAAGAAGGACAAGAAGAAGAAAAAGGAUGAUUUGCCUUAAGUGUUUCAUUGUGCUAGCUUGCUCGUUCUAAAGUUCAGACCUCAACAAAUGUCACAUUGCAACAUCACCAUGAGACCAGUGGAAUGUUUUGAUUUGUCUGAAGCACGGGUGUCAAACAGAAAAUCCGCAGGCCAGAUAUGGAUCAUUUUUUGCGGCCUGCUAAACAAGCCAUAAUUCACGAUAAAUCCUGUACCAAAAUUUAAACUUCUUCAAAAUCUUCACGUUUAAAAACAUUGAGCUAUUGCAAGCUUUUUUUUUGGUCCUUUUUGAAAUACUGUACAUUAAAUAAUAGUUGAACAAACAUUUUAUUGACUUCUGAUUUCAAAAAUAGCUAUCCAUCAAUUUGUUGUGUGUAAUAGUAUGAUGCGUCAAUUGUAAAUUUAUAUCAUUUUAAGUAACGACCCUCUGAGGGGAAACCAUUAGUACAAUAUGCCCCGUGACAAAAGUUAGUUUGACAUCCCUGACCUAUAAAGUGACAUUGUUCACUUUGGAUUCAUUGUUUCCAGUGUUGAUGUUACACUCUGGUUAAACACAGCUGAAACUGGAAUGGAGUUUGGGGGAAGUCAUCUUGUAUUCAAUCUAUCAGAGCUGUAAGAUUUUGUGUUUAAGCUAAUACCAGAAUCCCGGGCACAGGUGUGAAGUUUCAAACACUCGCUACUCCAGGCCUGUGUUGAAAGCAGUUGUCAGCGUCAGACAAUUGUUUUAUUACAUCUAAUUAAUGUGAUUACAGGAUGCCGUGUUGUGUAAAAGUAAACACAGUUGCAGCAGUAUCCCGCUUUUCCUGUGCGUUGUGUAAAAGGUAAAGGUGGAUGAAUGUCAGAUCUCCUGUAACGGCUCUGAUGAUGAAAUUGUGCUACAUGGCUGUGUAAAAGAGGUUAUUGCUUUUGCUGAAACAUUGCCCUUCACGUAAUGCAUACAACCAGGGCUUGAGGUUAAUAUACCAGCCAAAUGCAGGUCAAUUUCAGCAGUUGUAUCACCACUACUCCCACUCGUCAAUUUGGCAGGUUGAAUUUUAUACAUGCAUGGCUCAAAGUACUAUGGUGUAGUGCCGGAAGUCCGGCGUAUGACAAGACCCUCUUUAAAAAUAAAUAAGAAAAGGCUUACGGGACACGCGACCGAGCGCGGCAGAUAGAGGUGUACGUGCACUGUAAAAACAUCGACCGUACUGUUUGUAAUUGUAUGGUUAUCUUAUAAUUCCCUCUCGUUGCUACUGAUGCUUUGGUAGUUCACUUGAAUUUUUCCUCCAAGGGGGGGAGGCAGCGUCGCUCACUGCGAGCUCACAGACAAGAUCACCGGCUUUCACGUGCAGGGAGCCGAGCAGCCACGAGCCUCAAUCGAUCGGUAAAGAGAAGCCUGCAACAAGGCUGGAGUUGUAACCGAGCCGCCGGUUAUUCAGUGUCUAUAACCGUGAGGUAUGUUUAGCUGGCUGGCACAAGCCGAGUGAUCCACUGUUACGCUGUCACACUUUGGUUACAUUGGUGACGCUGUCCAAGGCAAACCGAGUUGACCCGAGCAUUUCACAUCCACAUGAAGUCAAAUAUUGUACAACCCCAAUUCCAAUGAAGUUGGGACGUUUUGUUAAACAUAAAUAAAAACAGAAUACAAUGAUUUGCAAAUCAUGUUCAACCUAUAUUUAAUUGAAUACACUACAAAGACAAGAUAUUUAAUGUUCAAACUGAUAAACUUUGUUUUUAGCCAAUAAUCAUUAACUUAGAAUUUUGUGGCUGCAACACGUUCCAAAAAAGCUGGGACAGGUGGCAAAAAAGACUGAGAAAGUUGAGGAAUGCUCAUCAAACACCUGUUUGAAACAUCCCACAGGUGAACAGGCUAAUUGGGAACAGGUGGGUCCCAUGAUUGGAUAUAAAAGGAGCUUCCCUGAAUUGCUCAGUCAUUCACAAGCAAAGAUGGGGCGAGGUUCAUCUCUUUGUGAACAAGUGCGUGAGAAAAUAGUCAAACAGUUUUAAGGACAACGUUUCACAACGUGCAAUUGCAAGGAAUUUAGGGAUUUCAUCAUCUCCGAUCCAUAAUGUCAUCAAACGCUUCAGAGAAUCUGGAGAAAUCUCAGCAUGUAAGCGGCAAGGCCGAAAACCAACAUUGAAUGCCCGUAACCUUCAAUCCCUCAGGUGGCACUGCAUCAAAAACCGACCUCAAUGUGUAAAGGAUAUCACCACAUGGGCUCAGGAACACUUCAGAAAACCAAUGUCAGUAAAUACGGUUCGGCGCUACAUCCGUAAAUGCAACUUGAAACUCUACUAUGCAAAGAAAAAGCCAUUUAUCAACAACACCCAGAAACGCCGCCGGCUUCUCUGGGCCCGAGCUCAUCUAAGAUGGACUGAUGCAAAGUGGAAAAGUGUUCUGUGUUCCGACGAGUCCAUGUUUCAAAUAGUUUUUGGAAAUUGUGGACAUCGUGUCCUCCGGGCCAAAGAGGAAAAGAACCAUCCGGACUGUUACGGACGCAAAGUUCAAAAACCAGCAUCUGUGAUGGUACGGGGCUGAGUUAGUGCCAAUGGCAUGGGUAAUUUACACAUCUGUGAAGGCACCAUUAAUGCUGAAAGGUACAUACAGGUUUUGGAGAAACAUAUGCUGCCAUCCAAGCAACGUCUUUUUUCAUGGCCCCUGCUUAUUUCAACAAGACAAUGCCAAACCGCAUUCUGCACGUGUUACAACAGCGUGACUUUGUAGUAAAAGAGACUGGCCUACCUGCAGUCCAGACCUGUCUCCCAUUGAAAAUGUGUGGCACAUUAUGACGCGUAAAAUACGACAACGGAGACCCCGGACUGUUGAACAGCUGAAGCUGUACAUCAAGCAAGAACGGGAAAGAAUUCCACCUACAAAGCUUCAACAAUUAGUGUCCUCAGUUCCCAAACAUUUAUUGAAUGUUGUUAAAAGAAAAGGUGAUGUUACACAGUGGUAAACAUGACCCUGUCCUAGCAUGAUGAUGAUGUUAAUGAUUAUUUGCUAAAAACAACAAAGUUUAUCAGUUUGAACAUUAAAUAUCUUGUCUUUGUACUGUAUUCAAUUAAAUAUAGGUUGAACACGAUUUGCAAAUCAUUGUAUUCUUUUUUUAUUUGUUUAACUCAACGUCGCAACUUCAUUGGAAUUGGGGUUGUACUUCAGUUUUGAUAAAGGGUGAGUACUGGAUGUAGUUUAGGCCAAUUUUUUUCCUGCUUUUUAAAUCUGUUACAAUUAUCUAACAGCUCAAGUUACUGCACAUUGCCGUUUUUAUAUUUUCCCCGUCCACUAAAUAUUUACCACACAAAAUGUGAUAGUAAUGUUAUCAACUACAAAGUUUUAAUUUGAAAGAAAAUCAUCCUAUUUCCUCAGCUCAAUAAAGUCCUCCGCACUUUUAUGUAAAAUUAUAAAUAACCAGGUCAUUUUUUUUAUCAGCUGAUUAUCUGUUCAUGAUGUAAUUUACAUGAUAAUAAAUUGGUUAUCCAUUCAUAAACUGAAUAUAUGUAUGCAGUAAUCCCCCUUCCAUUCCAGGGGUGACAUUCCCGUCCACCUCAACAAUAAGUGAAAUCCGUGACACAGAAAUACCCUAUCUGAAUACACCCUAGGCAUGUUUUUGUUGCAUUUACACCACUUAAAUAUUUUGAAAGGUCUAUAAUCACAUAAAACAAUACAAAGACAUUUAAACACGAGAGAGCAACUGCAAUGGAUGGCAUCAAAAUAUUGUGAAAAUUGUAUGAAGAAAUGGAGUAACAAAUGUAAUUAAAAUCUGCAAAAUAGUAGAACCACGAAGCAUGACAUUCGGAUACAAAAAUGAUUUUCCCAACGAACAACUCCCAUUCCCAUCACGUGUACGAACAGUCAGCGAACAAUAUGGAAGAAGUGGAGAUUUUUUAGUUUUUAGGCUGGAAAUAGUCAUUAUGUUUGUGUGAGCGAAAGAUUCGUUGUACACAUUGUGUUGUUGACAAAGUGUUGUAUGGCAUCCAAAAUACUGAUCGUUUUGAAGAAACAUUUGGAGUCGCACGGUACAUUUAAGGUUACAGAAAAAGUCCCACCCGUAAUAGGAACAAUAGGCACAUGCGACAUGCCCCUUUGCGCUGCCUAACUACGAUGCAGUCAGUGGGUGUAAAUGUCAGCGCAUUCCAUGUUGAUGGAUGGCACAAAAACCAAAAUAACAAGGAUGCCUCAAAUUACAUAAUGUCCAACGAUCACGAGGAACUAGGACUAACCUUUGAAAGGGAAGACUAUUCAAAUCAGUUGUGCCACCAGGUUGUGCGUAGUAGAGCUGCUUUAUGUUUUUAUGAUUAUUUAAUUAUUUGUGUUAAGGGAAGCCCACGGCACGGUGGCCGGCUGGUGAGCACAUCUGCCUCACAGUUCUGAGGACCCGGGUUCAAAUCCAUGUGGAGUUUUCAUGUUUUCCCGGUGCCUGCGUGCGUUUACUCCGGGUACUCCGGUUUCCUCCCACAUCCCAAAAAUAUGCAUGGUAGGUUAAUUGAAGACUCUAACUUGCCCAUAGGUGUGAAUGUGAGUGUGAAUGGUUGUUUGUUUAUAUGUGCCCUUGGAUUUGGCUGGUGACCAGUUCAGGGUGUACCCCCCCCCCCCUCGCCCAUAGACAGCUCGGAUAGGCUCCAGCCCACCCGUGACCCUAGUGAGGAUAAGCAGUACGGAAAAUGGAUAGAUGUUAAGUGAAAUCCAAAGACUGUCAUUAUUUUUGUGUAUAAAAAGUAUUUAUGUUGAGUCAAAAAAGGUUAUCUUAUGUUUUAUUUUGAAUGAAAACGUUCUUCUAAAACAUUACUGUUAAAAAGUCACUUCCAGUAAAGUAUUGGCAAAACCGGUUGUCAUUUCUAGCUGAGGCGGUGUUGUCGGCAUCUUCUGAAUGUAAAUAAUUAAGUUGUGUGUAAUCUAACUUAAUUACUUUUAAAAUCAGUAAGGUACAGUGGGUACGGAAAGUUUUCAGACCCCCUUAAAAUGUUCACUCUUUGUUAUAGUGCAGCCAUUUGUUAAAAUAAUUAAAGUUCAUUUUUUCCCUCAAUGUACACACAGCACCCCAUAUUGACAGAAAAAAAAUUUAAUUGUUGAAUUUUUUGCUGAUUUAUUAAAAAAGAAAAUUUAAAUAUCCCACAGCCAUAAGUAUUCAGACCCUUUGCUAUGACACUCAUAUAUUUAACUCGGGUGCUGUCCAUUUCUUCUGAUCAUCCUUGAGAUGGUUCUACACCUUCAUUGGAGUCCAGCUGUGUUUGAUUAUACUGAUUGGACUUGAUUAGGAAAGCCACACCCCUGUCGAUAUAAAGGGACAGGACGACUGGUUGCAAUCGUAGGAAAGAUGAACGUGGCCAAGUACAGGGAUAUGCUGGACGAAAAUCUUCUCCAGACUGCUCAGGACCUCAGACUGGGCCGAAGGUUCACCUUCAAAAAAGACAAAAGACCUUAAGCACACAGCUAAUACCAAAGGAGUGGCUUCAGAACAACACGUUGACUGUUUUAAAUGCCCCAGCCAGAGCCCUGACUUAAACCCAAUUGAGGAUCUCUGGAAAGACCUGAAAAUGGCUGACCUCCAACGUUCAUCAUCCAACCUGACAGAACUGGAGAGGAUCUGCAAGGAAGAAUGGCAGAGGAUCCCCAAAUCAAGGUGUGAAAAACUCAUGGCCGUAUUAGCUCAAAAGGGUGCUUCUACAAAAUACUCAGCAAAGGGUCUGUAUACUUAUGGCUGUGUGAUGUUUCAGUUUUUCUUUUUUAAUAAAUCUGCAAAAAUUUCAACAAUUCCGUUUUUUUUUCCUGUCAAUAUAGGGUGCUGUGUGUACAUUAAUGAGGAGGAAAAUGAACAAAAUUUAUUUUAGCAAAUGGCUGCAAUAUUUAAAAAAAGGGAAAAAUUUAAGGGGGUCUGAAUACUUUCCGUACCCACUGUAACUGAGUUACAUUGUCAUGGUAACUGUCGCAACACUGAGGAAAUCUGGCAUUCCUAACAACAGUAAAAAGCCUUCUCACACUGCACUUGGCAAAGCAUCUGACGCCCUUGACCUUCCAAUUCAUUGCGUGUGUGUGUGUGUACUGAGGGGGUGUCAGUGCAUUUUGACAUGACAGCGAGUGUCGCAUAAAAGCACGAGGUCGUCUGACGCUCAGCGUCUCAUCAUUAGAUAUAAACCAGGCUUUUGUGUCAUCUGGAGAUACGUUAGUGUCAACAACUGCUGAUUUACCGCCACACACAAACGGAAUAGGUGUUUUGGCUCUUGUAUCAAAUGUCAUCUUUAUUAUAUUUCAAUAACAAUUUGAUUUUGCAUAAAGUUCACUUCACAGUUGUUGCCUGUUCCAUUAUUACCAACCAAAUCUAAACGAUUUAAGACAAAAUAGUGUACACUGCAUAAUGCUUUCCAAUAUUUUUAAAAUAAACCAUGUUGAGUUCCAUAAUGCCUAAUCAGAUACAGUACUUGCAUUUAAUGUUGUUGUUGUGACAAGUGAUACUAAUGUGGGAUCUCCAUCCUCCCACCCCUCAAUUUUUGAGAAACAACUGCAAUUUGUUUGAAAAGGUUUUAAUGUUGCAGAACUGUACCGCAUCAUUCUGAGAGCUGUUUCUAAUAUUUUGACCACCUUAUUUAGUAAUAUAAAAAUGAUGUAGUACAGUUUUAUACCAUGACAAACUCACAAUAAAACAAUUUUACAUUAGUUAAUCAAAUAAUGUAAUCAAUGGAAACCUUCUGACCUUAUAUUUGGAACCUGUUUGUCAACAAUUCUUAUCGCACAUACAGAGAACAAUGGAACAAUUGCAGAAUGCCGAGAAGGAUAAAAUGGAUGUCUAU